AUGUAUUGCAAAAUCCUCAAAGGGGCAUUACUAAAAUCCAAUGGGGGCAACCUCAACUCCCGAACCCUACAUUCCCCAGCAGUGCAAGCCCUAACCCUGUUUGUAUCGACCUUCCGAAACAGAUACACCGAUUUGCCACCGCAAACUCGCCUAUGGCCCGAAUCCGCUGAUGGGUUUUCUUUAGUCUUGAAAAGGGUCCACCCCAGUCCGGCCAAAGCCCGAGAAAACCCUUCCAUUGUGUCAAUUCGGUCUCCGGUGAGCCGCGAAAACAGCGACAUUGAUGAGCAAUUCCAAUUGCUUUCACUAGUUGCCUCAGUGGCUUUACAAUUGGAGCGCACAAAUACCAGCUUGAACAGGCCUUUGGAGAGCUUGACAAAGGCGCGAAGAUGGGAAAUGGAGGCUGUGGAGAGAGAAGGGAAAGGGAGGGGAACAGUGUCGUCGGGCAAAGAUGUUGAUGAGAGUGAUGACGAUGACCAUGAAUAUGUUGAUGGUGAUGUUGAAGAUGGAGAUGAUGACGAUGAUGAUGGCGGUGGUGGGUAUGAGAGAAUGAUGUGGGAGAGAGAUGGGGUUGGGUGCAAAUCCAUGCCCAUGUCUCUGGCUAUGGUGGCCAGUCUGUAUGUGUCUGCGACAAGCUCUUUGGUUGGGAGGAAGAGGAGAAAUGGGGUUCUCGAUUUGCUGGUUUUGCUUCUUCCUUCUGUUGGUUUGUGA